CUCAGCCCGGUGGCCCCGCCCCGCGGCGGCCGGUGGCUGUGCGCGUGCGCAGGCGGGAGCGCGGCGGCGGGUCCUAGCCGGGCGCUGGGGGUGCGCAGCCGAGAGAGGGUUUGACGUGGCAGUUCCCAGCCCAGCUGCAACUCAGAGCGUGAGUCCAGGCUGAGGGGACGCCGGCCGGGGAAGAGGCGCGGCGGGAGAAGCGACCGCAGCGGGAGCCCGGCCACCGAGGGCUGCCGGCACUAGGCGCAGAGCCGCCAGCGCUCGGAAGCCCGCGGGGUGCGGGAGCGGGAGCAGACUUCUUUUGUAGAAUUAUCCUAUGGAAUGAUAUUUUCAUAAUGAGUCAACAAGGUUAUGUGGCUACACCUCCAUAUUCUCAGCCUCAGCCUGGAAUAGGCCUUUCUCCACCUCAUUAUGGGCACUAUGGGGAUCUAUCGCACACAGCAUCUCCAACAGGUAUGAUGAAGCCAGCAGGGCCUUUGGGGGCCGCUGCCACUGGGGGAAUGUUGCCUCCGGGUCCUCCACCUCCUGGACCCCAUCAAUUUGGUCAGAAUGGAGCUCAUGCCACUAGUCACCCUCCCCAAAGAUUUCCAGGCCCUCCACCUGUCAACAAUGUGGCAUCCUCAUACGCACCAUACCAACCCACUGCACAAUCAUCUUAUCCAAGUCCUAUAUCCACUUCAUCUGUCACCCAGCUGGGCAGCCAGCUCAGUGCUAUGCAAAUCAACAGCUAUGGUUCAGGCAUGGCUCCUCCAAGCCAGGGACCCUCUGGCCCUCCGUCAGCCACAUCAUUGCAGACUCCUCCACGACCUCCACAGCCGUCCAUUUUGCAGCCUGGAUCUCAAGUUCUUCCACCACCACCCACCACACUCAAUGGUCCUGGUGCCUCACCUUUGCCUCUACCAAUGUACAGGCCAGAUGGGCUCUCUGGGCCUCCUCCUCCAAAUGCCCAGUACCAGCCCCCACCUCUUCCAGGCCAGACCUUGGGUGCUGGAUAUCCUCUGCAGCAGGCCAACUCUGGUCCCCAGAUGGCAGGCACACAACUCUCUUACCCAGGAGGCUUCCCCGGAGGUCCUGCACAGAUGGCUGGUCCGCCACAGUCCCAGAAGAAGCUGGAUCCUGACUCUAUCCCUAGCCCAAUCCAGGUGAUCGAGAAUGAUAGAGCCAGCAGAGGAGGACAAGUUUAUGCCACCAACACCAGAGGCCAGAUCCCUCCCCUGGUCACUACAGAUUGUAUGAUACAAGACCAAGGAAAUGCCAGUCCUCGAUUCAUCCGUUGUACAACAUACUGUUUUCCAUGCACGUCAGACAUGGCUAAGCAAGCUCAGAUUCCAUUAGCUGCUGUCAUCAAACCCUUUGCCGCCAUUCCUUCAAAUGAGAGUCCCCUUUACUUGGUAAAUCACGGCGAGAGUGGACCAGUCAGAUGCAACAGGUGCAAGGCCUACAUGUGCCCAUUUAUGCAGUUCAUUGAAGGAGGAAGGAGAUAUCAGUGUGGAUUUUGCAACUGUGUGAAUGAUGUUCCACCAUUCUAUUUCCAACAUCUGGACCACAUUGGAAGAAGACUGGAUCACUAUGAGAAACCAGAGUUAUCUCUAGGAUCUUAUGAAUAUGUUGCCACUUUGGAUUAUUGCAGAAAGAAUAAGCCUCCCAACCCACCAGCCUUUAUCUUCAUGAUUGAUGUUUCGUAUAGCAACAUAAAGAAUGGACUUGUCAAGCUCAUAUGUGAAGAAUUGAAGACCAUGCUGGAAAAAAUUCCAAAGGAAGAGCAAGAAGAGACGUCUGCAAUUCGAGUGGGUUUUAUCACGUAUAACAAAGUUCUCCAUUUCUUUAAUGUGAAGAGUAAUCUGGCCCAGCCUCAGAUGAUGGUGGUGACUGAUGUUGGAGAAGUCUUUGUUCCUUUGUUGGAUGGUUUCCUUGUCAACUAUCAAGAAUCCCAAUCUGUGAUUCAUAAUUUGUUGGACCAGAUUCCAGACAUGUUUGCAGACUCUAAUGAAAAUGAGACUGUCUUUGCUCCUGUCAUCCAGGCUGGCAUGGAAGCACUAAAGGCGGCAGACUGUCCUGGGAAGCUGUUCAUCUUCCAUUCUUCCUUGCCAACUGCUGAAGCACCAGGGAAGCUCAAAAACAGAGAUGACAAAAAACUGGUUAACACAGACAAAGAGAAGAUACUUUUCCAGCCCCAAACAAAUGUCUAUGACUCAUUGGCCAAGGACUGCGUGGCUCACGGCUGCUCUGUGACACUCUUCCUCUUUCCUAGUCAGUAUGUGGACGUGGCCUCGCUGGGGCUGGUUCCUCAGCUCACUGGAGGAACCCUUUACAAAUACAACAAUUUCCAGAUGCACUUGGAUAGACAACAAUUUUUGAACGACCUCAGAAAUGAUAUUGAAAAGAAAAUAGGCUUUGAUGCUAUUAUGAGGGUUCGUACCAGCACAGGUUUCAGAGCCACUGAUUUCUUUGGUGGAAUCUUGAUGAACAACACCACUGAUGUAGAAAUGGCUGCCAUCGAUUGUGACAAGGCAGUGACCGUGGAGUUCAAGCACGAUGACAAACUCAGUGAGGACAGUGGAGCCUUAAUCCAGUGUGCUGUGCUUUACACAACAAUCAGUGGUCAAAGAAGACUUCGGAUUCACAAUCUUGGCUUAAACUGCAGCUCCCAGCUAGCUGAUCUUUAUAAGAGCUGUGAGACAGAUGCUCUUAUCAACUUCUUUGCCAAGUCAGCUUUUAAAGCAGUUCUCCACCAGCCUUUGAAGGUCAUCCGGGAAAUUCUAGUUAAUCAGACUGCCCAUAUGUUGGCAUGUUACCGGAAGAAUUGUGCAAGUCCUUCUGCAGCAAGCCAGCUUAUUCUACCAGAUUCCAUGAAAGUAUUGCCAGUGUACAUGAAUUGCUUGUUGAAAAACUGUGUGCUACUCAGCAGACCAGAGAUCUCAACUGAUGAACGAGCAUACCAGAGACAGCUGGUCAUGACCAUGGGUGUGGCUGACUCUCAGCUUUUCUUCUACCCACAACUUCUGCCCAUACACACGUUAGAUGUCAAGAGUACAGUGUUACCUGCUGCUGUUCGUUGCUCUGAGUCCCGUCUUUCAGAAGAAGGAAUAUUCUUACUGGCUAAUGGCCUACACAUGUUCCUGUGGUUGGGAGUAAGCAGCCCACCAGAACUGAUCCAAGGAAUAUUUAAUGUGCCAUCUUUUGCACAUAUCAACACAGAUAUGACAUUGCUGCCUGAAGUGGGAAACCCAUACUCUCAACAACUCAAAAUGAUAAUGGGUAUUAUCCAGCAAAAGAGGCCAUAUUCAAUGAAGCUCACAAUCGUAAAGCAGCGAGAACAGCCAGAAAUGGUUUUCCGACAGUUCCUGGUAGAAGACAAAGGACUUUAUGGAGGCUCUUCUUAUGUGGAUUUCCUUUGUUGUGUUCACAAGGAGAUCUGUCAGCUGCUUAAUUAAUUGAAACUUCUCUGUCAUUGAUGUUGCAUUUCUAAGGAGGUAAUCUCCUUCUUGGUGCCUAAUUUUCUAGAUGAUAAUAGGCUAGUUUUGAUUUCUUGCUCAUUUUCAGAAUAACUUUCCAGGAAGAGACGGCAUUUAGAACUUCAGCUUUGGUGCUCAGGUAUAAAGCCAAUUAAGGUACAAUUGUGCCAUAAAGGGAACAAUCUGUUUCUGAUUGCACAGUUUCUAAUUUUUAAAACUGAUGUGGUUUGCAUUUCAUAAAAGGCAAAGUUUACAGAACCAUAAACAUUCUCAAUUUUCUUUAUGCUAGACAUAUAAAUUAUUUUUCAAACUGUGUAGAUUUGGGGUAAAAAGUUGUCUCAGUUCCUCUCCCAAUUGCAAUGAGAAAAAAUAGCUUAAUUUUUACAUUAUACUUAAUUUUUUAAAACCAUGUAACUCCAUUGAACACAUUUUUCAACUUAAGGUUUGCAUAGCAGACUUUUAAUAACCUCGGGAUUUAUCUGGUAGAACAAUAUGUGUUCUACAUUUUUUUCAUAAUUAUAUAUUGUGUAUGUUAAAACUAUUUUCCAGUUGUUUUGUCUGUAAAACUGUCUUUAUCAAUAUGCUUAAUGGUUCUUUGUACAAUUUUGAAAGUUUCUACCUGUAUAUAAUGGAUCUUAACCAGUAUCAAUAAAUCACUUCAUAUAAUCUUA